CACGAUAUAAACACCUACAACCUAGAAGUUACUCGCUAUUUACGUCGAACUCGCCAUCCUAAGGUAUUCAUACACGCUUGAGCACCCUGGUUAUCUACAACUCCGCUGCGUCGGUCAAGUCACGUCAAUUUCAUACCUUGCCAAUAAUCUCUUCUUGAACCCCGUCUUCCGUUUCGCAAAACUCCAACCACGCCGCGAAAACAAGCAUGGCUGGUCUCGUGGCCUACGAGAGUAGCAGCGACGAGGAAGAGGUUCCGCCACAGCAACAAUCAAAGUCACUGAAGUCAACUCAAGAUACUACCGCGGGCCCUACCCCUGCCCAUACCCCCCUCAGCCCCGCCAUUACUACGAAAGACAAGUCAACAUCUCCCGCCAAACCCAGCGUCCCAACUGCUUCCGCCACGCCGCCGAAGCAGCAAGCCGAGCCGCGCGGCGCGCCCAUGAUCGGGCCGCAGAUCGGCCCCAUCAGCUUGGCCGGUGCGGGAUCUAGCUUCCCGCCGCUGGAGGAAGCGCCGAUGGACGACGACGACGAGGAGGCGGGGAGUGUCCGGGGGAGCGGCGUGCUCGCGCUGCCGCCGGGAUCGCCGUACUCGGCGACGCGGGCGCUGGUGCGGGACCUGACGCUGCCGGCGGUGCCGAACACGGACGCGCCGGGGGAGCCGGGGGGCGCGGCGGCGGCGGCGGCGGCGACGACGGCCAAGAUGGAGCGCUUCCUGGCGCUGAAGCGCGGCGGCACCCACUUCAACGAGCGCGUGGCGCGGAUGGCCGCCCAGCGCAACCCCGCCCAGACCGACAAGCUGCUCGCCUUCGCCGGCGCCGCCGCCCCCGCCGCCCAGUACCGCGCCGCCCUCGCCCCCGACCUCGGCCUCGGCCGCGCCCCCGCCGACCCCGCCGCCGCCUUCCCCCCCUGGGCCUACUACGAGCCCCUCCGCCACGCCCGCGCCCGCGCCCGCCCCCGCGGCGCCGCCGUCGAGUUCGUCGCUUCCGCUGAGAUCGCCCCCGCCCCCGACGCUGGCUCUUCGAAUCCCCACCAGGGCUCCGUGUCGUCGCAGGGCAGCGGCGUCCCCCGGCCCGCCCCCGGGAAGCGGAGGACGAGGUUCGAGGACUGAGCUGGAGGCCGCGGUUACUGCUGCUGCUUCUUCCUCUUCCUCUUCUUCGUCGCCACGUCUUGUGUGGCCCCGGCGCACUUGUGCUUAUGAGACCUGCGCGCUGGGAUAAUUCAGGAAGGGUGGUCUACACGGUCCUGGGUCAUUUGCGUUCUUGGGCUGGCUCGCCUAGUUAAGGCGCGCACGCAAUUCUAAGAGAUACCCAUUUCCUUCACCCGCCUUGGCAUCGUCACGGUUUGGCAUG